AUGGCGUUAUUUAUAUAUCUGACACAAACACCUCUGUUUGACACACAACCCGCGGGCAUGACACCGGCGAGACAAAUACACAAGACUGUCGCGAAGACAAUUUGCAACACGAAGGGGAAAAACCGGGAAACGGCCAGCAGAGCCUCUUCGAAAUCAUUCGACUCUUUUUUUAAUUUGCAUCCCCCCCAUCUCGCACUUCCCUGUUUUUCUCUCUUCCCGCACAAUAAACUUGAUUACUGGGAAAUCGACCAUCAAACGUUGUGAGCAAGUAACUUUUCCUCCUGUUCUUCUUUCCCCCUUUUCUAUCUCCAUUCUCGUUUUGCCCCUUUGCAUACACAUCCAAUACACACAUAGAUGCAUACCUGGCAGACCCGCGUCCUACACCUCCCAAGCAGGAAGGAUACGUGUGAUCACACCCUUCAAGCAAAACAAGCUCUGCCGAACCGCCUUGGCGACAAAGGAAAAGGAAAAAAGAUGUGGCACCUCGAGCCUAACGAUUGCCAAUCAACAAUCUAACGCGCCUCGCUCGGCCGGCCGUUCGCCCCCUGACCGUACA